CGAAGCUGCAGGACGGCGGACCAGGGGGCGGGCCCGGCUUAAAUUGGCCGCGCGCGGGGGUGGCGCUUUAGUGCAGGUGCUGCCGGAGACGCGGCCGCCAGUCCCAGAGCCACAACCGUCCCGAGAGACGCUCUAUCAGCGAGCGCCCUAGGAGCGCGGCCGCAAGCACAGCCUCCCGGCCUCCCCGGCCCCGUGCUAUCUGUCCGGGCCCCGGCCCCGGCCCCACCGCCGCCGCCUUUCUUUCGGGCCGCUGCCGGGGAGCGCCGGCAUGGCCAACGCGGGCUUGCAGUUGCUGGGCUUCAUUCUGGCCUUCCUGGGCUGGCUCGGGACCAUAGUGAGCACCGCCUUGCCCCAGUGGAAGAUCUCCUCGUGCGGGGACAACAUCGUGACGGCGCAGGCCAUCUACGAGGGUCUCUGGAUGUCGUGCGUGUCCCAAAGCACCGGGCAGAUCCAGUGCAAAGUCUUCGACUCGCUGCUGAACCUGAGCACUACCCUUCAGGCUACUCGAGCCUUGAUGGUCAUUGGGAUCAUCCUGGGGCUGAUCGCCAUCUUGGUGGCCACGGUGGGCAUGAAAUGCAUGAAGUGCCUGGAAGAUGAUGAAGUACAGAAGAUGCGGAUGGCGGUCUUUGGGGGGAUGAUCUUCCUUGUUGCAGGCCUGGCUGUAUUGGUUGCCACAGCAUGGUAUGGAAAUAGAGUUGCUCGAGAAUUCUAUGAUCCCCUGACCCCAGUCAAUUUUAGGUAUGAGUUUGGACAGGCUCUCUUCAUAGGCUGGGCCGCAGCUUCCCUGUGCCUGCUGGGAGGUGCCCUCCUUUGCUGUUCCUGUCCCAAGAAAACAACCUCUUACCCGACUCCUCGCCCAUACCCGAAGACCACACCCUCCAGUGGAAAGGACUAUGUGUGAGAGAAAGGAAGAGGACGCAGCCAAAGAAGGACUUGGAUAAUGCUUUUUGUUGUUCAUUUUCAUUUUUUUAAUAAUGAGGCACUCAGACCUUCUGACUACGAUAGUCUACAUUUUUGUAUUAAAAUGUAUUUUUUGUAAUUUCCAAACCUCCCUUCAUGUCCUUCCCCUCAUAAGAAAUCCUCAAUUAUGAUCCUCUGAUUAAUGUACUCCUGGAGCUGGUUGGCUACCCACCCAAAAAAAACAGGACGCCAUUUUGUAAAAAAAAAAAAAAGAGAGAGAGAAAAAUGCUUUAAAAAUUAAAACCCCCUAAAACCUCGUAAGCAACAGGCCCUAAUCUCACCCUUCGGUUUCCUUUGGAAACAAAAUAGAAAUGAUUUUAGAUUUGCUUCCCAAUUCCAAACCUGACUCUUCUACUUCCUAGUGGUGUGUCCACACUCAUUUGUAACAUGAAUGGGGUUGGGCUAGAUGAUUUUGAAGAUCCCUUCUACCUCCAUAUCUAGGAUCUGAGAUGCAAUAUUUUAAAUUCCUUUUAAGGAAUUGAAUCCAAGACAACAACUGAGGCGGGCUUGACUUGGGACCCUGGGGAUGCUAGAUGCCUGGCUCUUUGGUUCUGAAUGUUGUAGUUUGUGCUCUGAUCAGCCAAGCACAAAGGCAUUUGAUAGAGACUUCAAGUAGGAGGGCCUGAGUCAUCCCAACUAAUAUCUCUUUCUUCAUCAGAGUAACUGGAGUUUUCUUGACCCAAUCAGUCACCUGUUCAGCCCCUCAGGCCGUAGUAGUUCUAGUGUGGGCUUUUCCAGAUGUUGAUGGGAACAUUUUAUUGAUAUAAUUCCAAUGGUCUCUUGCUCACAGUUGCAAAUUCUGCCAAAUGACACCUCCCCCUUCCCUUCCCCCACCCCAUUUCUGGUUUCUUAGCAGGUUUACCUGGUCAUUAUCUUCCAGUUUACUUCUCCCAUUGAGGUGCAGCCUGUCUGACUGGAGAUUAGAUAUUCCUUCCUGAUAAUUUAGUGUUGAGUACCCCCUCCCUCAAAGCCCCAGGCAGCCUCUCUACCUCUGAUUUUCUGGUGUAUAAAAUGGAGGUAAUGAUACUUUCCUGGAGAAUUAAUGAGUUUCUAUCUCUGCUUCUUUGAACUUGAAGAGAUAAGCCAAACAUCCUAGUGAACUGAUGGAAGCCACCACAAAACCCACACAGAAUCUUUCCGUACCCCAGGUGGCAGUUCUUGCCAUUUCCUUUCAGCUCUUUCUAGUGUAGUGUUAGUGACCAUGGUCCAUUUUUCAUCAGUCCUUCCUUUAACUCCUAUGUAUGAGUGGCUGUCUGGGGGAACCCCAGGCAAGAGGACGUCUUCUCCUUGUAGAUAUUCCCUGGCAUUUCUUUCCAAAUAAGUGAUGGGAAAGUUAUUAGGCAUAUUGGUUCCUAAUUGGUGGCCUUCUCAAGAAAACCAAACACUGCAUGGGAUCCAAUUCACUUUAAAAGAUGAAAAGCAUUACAAAGCCAGAAAUGCCUGCUUAAUUCAGGCAUGACUGUUUGGCCUGGCUGUGAGGCUUUGAUUUCUAAUCAAGGCUCUACAUCCCUUUGUUUCUCAGUAUGCAUUUGGUAGAACCAAUGGCAAGAAUAGUUGCCCUAAAGAAGCUGGUAUUUUCAUGAAUGGCUGUAGCUUUUUGGCAAGAAUGGUACUUCCCCUCUUCCUAAAGAGAGAUUUCCCUCCAUGGUUUUGGGGUUUAGUUUGCUUUCUUUCUAGUUUUUCCUCCCUCCUUUCCUUCCUUCCUUCCUUCCUUCCUUCCUUCCUUCCUUCCUUCCUUCCUUCCUUCCUUCCUUCCUCCUCUCCUUCCUUCCUUCCUUCCUUCCUUCCUUCCUUCCUUCCUUCCUUCCUUCCCACCAUUGUCAAUGUUGGUGGGAUCACUUCCUGUCAACUGGAGAGACCAAAGAUGAGCACUAUAAUAUAGUGUCCAGAAACCUUUAUUUUGGAAAACCUCUUCCAUGAAUCUCCACACCCACUUCUCUCCCAGAGCCUGGUGACAUGUAUAAAUGUAUUCUCCAUGUUGGUACUGGAUUGAAAAGGUCUCUGUUCAAAACCAAAUGCCAAAAUGUCGUUGGUUUUGAAUCAGUUUGUAUUCUGCUUGUAUAACUGAGAUACACUGAGUAGACUUUAAAAAUGGAAACUUGUAACAUUUUUUUCAAUAAAUAUUUGGGGUUUGAUUUUUUUCUAAAGAAGUAAAGUUUCUGUCUUAUA